AUGUCAACUGAACGCAGUCGACCAAUUAGUGUUUCCAAUACCUCUACCACCUCUACUGGUACCACCACAACUACCUCUGGUGCUGUUACAACUGCAACUAAUAAUGAUAAUGAUGGUAAUGAUAAUAUUUUGCCUACUACAUCUUCAAGUAUAGUUGCUUCCACCUCCACCUCCACUUCCACACCUACUCUUACACAACGAGAUGAAAUUAAGCAAGGACGAAAAAUUAAAAAAAAUCGAUCAUCUAUUCCAAUAUCAGCAUCUCUAUCAAUCUCAAAUACAACCACUACUAUACAAGAACAUGUAAAAUUGAUUAGUUCAGAUGGAUUCGAAUUUUUGAUAGAAAAAGAUGCUGCAUUUGUUUCACCAACUAUGAAAAAUAUGUUAUCAGGACAAUUUAUAGAAGCACAACAAAAUACAAUUCAUUUUCCCGAAAUCAAUGAAAGAGACAUAAGAGACAUACCACCAUUCGAUAUUGAUCCUUAUAUGGCAUUGGAAUUACUUAUGGUUGCUGACUUUUUACAAUGUUAG